GAACCACACCUUAUGAUAUGACAGCUUCUGUAAAGAGUCCUUCGGGGGUCACUGAAGUGUGUGAUGUGGUCAGCCUGGAUGACUCCCACUACAGCAUUAAGUUUGUGCCCAAGGAGAUGGGUGUGCACACUGUCAGUGUGAAACACAAGGACAUGCAUAUCCCUGGCAGCCCCUUUGAGUUCACUGUUGGUCCCAUCGCUGGAGGUGGUGCCCACAAGGUUCAUGCAUCUGGACAAGGCUUGGAGAGGGGAGAGGUGGACGUACCAAAUGAAUUCAACAUCUACACCCGAGAGGCUGGAGCAGGAGGCCUGUCUAUUGCAGUGGAGGGUCCUUCAAAGGCUGAGAUUGAUUUCAAGGACAAGAAAGAUGGCUCCUGCCAGGUUUCAUAUAGAGUAGCAGAACCUGGUGAAUAUUAUGUGUCUGUUAAAUUCAACGAUGAGCAUAUCCCAGACUCCCCCUUCCGUGUGAGCAUCAGCCCUUCAAUUGGAGAUGCCAGAAAGCUCUCAGUGCAAUCCCUGCAAGACAGAGGCUUACAGGUCGGUAAGCCAGCCGCCAUUGUUGUCAACUUCAACGGUGCAAAGGGCAGACUUUCAGCCAAAGUAGUAUCCCCUUCUGGCACAGAAGAGGAAGCCCUGGUUCAGGAAGUUGAUGACGGAAGGUAUGCAGUCCGGUUUAUCCCUCGUGAAAAUGGUGUUCACACAGUCCAUGUUUUGUUUGACAACUACCACAUCCCUGGCUCACCUUUCAAAAUCUGUGUAGGCAAGGUCGAUGCUGAUGCCGGCAAGGUCACCGCUUAUGGUGAUGGUCUCAAAACUGGAAAGACAGGUCAAGUUGCCAAGUUCAUUGUCAACACUGUCAAUGCUGGCUCAGGAUCUCUGGCAGUGACUGUAGAAGGGCCUUCCAAAGUGAAGCUGGAGUGUAGAGAGAUUGAGGAAGGCUAUGAGUUUAGCUACAGCCCAACUGCCCCUGGCGAUUACUUGAUCUGCAUCAGGUAUGCUGGAGUCAACAUUGCUGGCAGUCCUUUCAAGGCUAAAAUUGAAGGUCAAGGACAGCCCAGUGCCAUGCAAGAGCAUGCCUCUGUGGUCGUGGAAACCGUCACCAAGACAAGCACCACCACAAGAUUCAGUGGAGUCCAGAGGUUGAUCUCCGACGCCAGCAAAGUCAAGGUCCAGGGACCUGGUCUCACUAGAGCUGUCAGAGGGCAGCCAAACACCUUCACUGUGGAUGCUUCUAAUGCAGGCAACAACAUGAUGUUUAUUGGUAUGCUGGGUCCAAAAGGACCAUGUGAUGAACUGCUGGUCAAACACCAGGGCAAUCUGCAGUACGGCGUCCAGUACAUCGUCAAGGACAGUGGCCGCUACACCAUGGCCAUCAGAUGGGGAGACCAGGAAGUGCCCGGAAGCCCAUUUUCAGUGGAGGUCCAGUAG